AUGGCUUCUUCACCACCUUUGAACCACAUAGAAUCGGUAACUGAUAACAUGCCUGAUUCAUUGAGGCCAAGUAGGUACCAUUUGAAGAGGUGCUUUACCAAGUACCUUGAAAAAGGAAGAAGGAUUAUAAAACUACAUGAUUUGAUGGAAGAAAUGGAGCAUGUUAUACAUGACAAGAGUGACAGGAAUCAAGUUUUGGAGGGUAAUCUUGGCUUCUUAUUGAGUUGCACACAGGAAGCUGUUGUUGAUCCACCUUAUGUUGCCUUUGCAGUAAGGCAAAAUCCUGGAGUUUGGGAAUUUGUAAGAGUGAAUUCUGAGGACCUUUCAGUUGAACCUAUCACCUCCACAGAUUAUCUCAAAUUCAAAGAAAGAGUAUAUGAUGAAAAUUGGGCAAACAAUGAAAACGCAUUUGAAGCAGAUUUUGGAGCAUUUGAUUUCCCUAUUCCAAACUUAAGCCUGCCUUCUUCAAUAGGAAAUGGACUCCAUUUCAUUUCCAAGUUCUUAACUUCGAGGUUUAGUGGGAAACUGACCAAAACACAGCCUAUAGUGGACUACUUAUUAUCACUAAACCAUCAAGGAGAAAACUUGAUGAUAAAUCACACCCUCAACUCUUCUACAAAGCUUCAACAGGCACUUCUAGUGGCCGAUAGAUACCUCUCAGCAAUUUCAAUGGAUACUCCCUAUCAGGAUUUUGAGCCAAAGCUUAGGGAAUGUGGCUUUGAGAGAGGUUGGGGAGAUACUGCAGGAAGAGUGAAGGAUACAAUGGGAAUUUUGUCUGAAAUACUCCAAGCUCCAGACCCAGUGAACUUUGAGAAGUUUUUCAGUAGAGUUCCUACAAUUUUCAAUGUUGUGAUAUUCUCUAUUCAUGGUUAUUUUGGACAAGCAGAUGUUCUUGGCUUGCCAGACACUGGUGGACAGGUUGUUUAUAUAUUGGAUCAAGUUAGAGCUCUUGAAGCAGAGUUGCUGCUCAGAAUUAAGCAGCAAGGCCUAAAUGUAAAGCCUCAAAUUCUUGUGGUCACAAGGCUCAUACCUGAUGCUCAAGGAACCAAUUGCAAUCAAGAGUUGGAACCAAUCAUUGAUACCAAGCACAGCAAUAUUCUUCGCGUGCCUUUUUGGACAGAUAAAGACAUCUUGCGUCAAUGGGUUUCUCGCUUUGACAUUUAUCCUUAUCUUGAGAGGUUUACUCAGGAUGCCACCGCCAAGAUUCUCAACCUCAUGGAAGGAAAACCAGAUCUUAUUAUUGGAAAUUACACAGAUGGGAAUUUGGUAGCAUCUCUUAUGGCGAGCAAACUUAGAAUAACUCAGGGAACUAUAGCACAUGCUUUAGAGAAGACUAAGUAUGAGGAUUCAGAUGUCAACUGGAAAGAAAUAGACCCCAAAUAUCACUUCUCAUGCCAGUUCAUGGCUGAUACAAUUGCAAUGAAUGCCGCAGAUUUCAUCAUAACUAGCACAUAUCAGGAAAUUGCUGGAAGCAAAGAUAGACCAGGACAAUACGAAAGUCAUGCUGCAUUUACACUCCCAGGGUUGUGUAGGGUUAUUUCAGGGAUAAAUGUAUUUGAUCCCAAGUUCAACAUAGCUGCACCUGGAGCUGACCAGUCUGUCUACUUCCCUUUCACAGAAAAAGACAAAAGACUCACUCAAUUUCAUCCUGCCAUUGAAGACUUAUUGUACAGUAAAGUGGAUAACAAUGAACAUAUUGGAUAUCUAGAAAAUAGAAGAAAACCGAUCAUCUUUUCAAUGGCAAGGCUUGAUGUUGUGAAGAACUUAACCGGGUUAGUUGAGUGGUAUGGGAAGAACCAAAGAUUGAGAGGCCUAGUGAACCUUGUCAUAGUUGGAGGCUUCUUUGACCCUUUGAAAUCCAAAGAUAGGGAAGAAAUGGGAGAGAUAAGAAAGAUGCAUGAUUUGAUAGAAAAGUACCAACUCAAGGGUCAAUUCAAAUGGAUUGCUGCACAAACUGAUAGACACCGAAAUGGAGAGCUCUAUCGCUUCAUUGCUGACACAAAGGGAGCUUUUGUGCAACCUGCUUUGUAUGAAGCAUUUGGAUUAACUGUCAUUGAAGCAAUGAACUGUGGUUUGCCUACUUUUGCUACGAACCAAGGAGGUCCAGCAGAAAUUAUUGUUGAUGGGAUUUCUGGAUUCCAUAUUGAUCCACAUAAUGAAGAAGAAUCAAGCAAUAAAAUUGCUGAUUUCUUUGAAAAAUGCUUAGAAGAUUCAACAUAUUGGAAUGAGAUUUCAGCAGCUGGAUUGUGGCGCAUAAAUGAAUGCUAUACAUGGAAGAUUUAUGCGAACAAGUUGUUGAAUAUGGGGAGCAUUUAUACGUUUUGGAGGCGGAUGAAUAAUGAUCAAAAGGAGGGAAAACAAAGAUACAUUAAGAUGUUCUACAAUCUUAUGUACAAAAACCUUGUGAAGACUAUUCCUAUUCCAAGUCAGGAACCACAACAACCAGUAUCCAAGAAACCGAGUAUCAAAAAAAUAGACACAAGCAAACGUUCACAGUCCAUAUUGCGAAGCAUAUUUGGAGCUUAAUUGUCAUAACUACAAAGCAAAAAGCAAAUCAUUUGCUAAGAACAUCUUGUCACACUGCUUGACAGUG